UAUCCCUCUCUCAUGUCUGUCUCUCUCCUCCUUUCUCUCUCUCCCUCUCUCUCUCCUCCUUUCUCUCUCUCUCUCUCUCUCCUCUAACUCUCCCUUUCUCUUGUAGCCAAACCAAACAUAACUACUUUACUGAUGUGACUUUUAGACGGCUGGUCCAGGAUCAAUCACCAUUUUUACCAACUGAAGCAUGUAAUAACACAACAGUCAACAUAGAGUUUGUUGUUGAUUGCUGACUGUAUGUGCAUAAAAGCGAGCAGGCCUAAUACUCAACAUGAAGUGGAAAUAUUCCGUUCUCUGCACCCUUUUGGGUGUGAGUGUGUGUGUGUGUGAGUCGAUCUCUCCUGAAGUGAUGUACGGGGAGGUCAAGUCUCCUCUGUACCCCCAGCCUUACCCAGCUGGUGUGUAUGAGGAGUGGGAUCUGACCGUCCCCACCGGCUACAAGAUCCAGCUCACCUUCACCCACUUGGACAUCGAGCCUUCAGACGACUGCUACUAUGACUCACUAAUGGUCAUAUAUAAUGACAACAUUUUGUGGAAGUUCUGUGGUCAAGCCAACUCUGCUGAUGGAAAUCACCCUGGCAACCAGCCUAUUUUGGCCCCUGGCAACCGCCUCCGCUUGAUCUUCCAAGCAGAUGAGACCAACCCGGGACUGCACAAGCACCUCGGUUUCUCAGUGUUCUACCAGGCCGUGGAUGUGGACGAGUGUGCGGAAGGGGCGGAGCCAGGCAAGACCUCACCCUGCUCCCAGAUCUGCCUCAACACCCUGGGAUCCUACUUCUGCUCUUGUCACCAUGGCUACAACCUCCGUGCCGACCAGCGCACAUGCAUGCCGAGUUGCCAGGGUGGGGAGUUCCGUGAGCUGGAGGGCACCCUAAGCAGCCCGGGCUACCCAGAGCCCUCACCCCACGGCCUGCACUGCCUCUACAACAUCUCCGUGGAGCCCGGCUUCCUCAUCACACUCAACUUCACACACCACUUCCACAUCGAGCACAUCAACAACCCACAGCCCUCCUGCCUCUACCACUGGCUGCAGGUGACCAUCCCGGGCAGUAAGCCUAGGAAGCUGUGUGGUAGCGAGAGCCCUGGCGUCAUGGUCACCGGCUCUCACUGGGUCCAGCUGGAGUACCACACGGACUGGGCCGGGCUGAGCCGCGGGUGGAGCCUCCACUACACCACCCAGAGGGUGAAGUGUGAAAUUCCCAACGGCGUGGAUAACGGCCGCGUCACCCCUUCCCUGACCGAGUACCUCUACAAAGACUACAUCCACGUGCGCUGUCUUAAGGGCUACAAGCUGAUGCAGGAUGGAAGGGAGAUCGAGGCCUUUGGAUCCAUGUGCCACAGUAACGGGAGAUGGCACAAGUCUCUUCCGGAGUGCCACAUCACAGAUUGUGGAGACCCAAAGCCUUUGCUGAAUGGCCGAGUGACAUUUCUCUCCAUCACUGAGAAGCAGUACCUGUCUGUCAUUGAGUAUCAGUGCAAUGAGCCCUACUACGCUUUCCAGGAAUCAGACAGAGUGCGCUACACCUGUGCAGUAGAUGGAGUUUGGAGGGACAGGAACAACAGUGACAUCAUACCUCCAUGUGUCCCAGUAUGUGGCCGUCCUGAGACAGUAAAGAAUGGGAAUGUUCCCUGGUUCGUCUCUGUGAGCGUGGACGGGGGUAAAGGAGCAGGAUCUGUAAUAGGGAACAGAUGGAUCCUCACUGCAGCCAGCAGCCUGCUGCCCAGAGGGGAUGCCACCACAACCACACGGCAAGUCAAGUUAUCCAUCAAUGAGUCUGCUCUUGAGGUGACAGCCCUGCAUAUUCACCCCUCGUACAACCAGUCAGACAGCCUGACAUAUUUCAACCACAACAUUGCCCUGGUCAAACUGAGGAGUCUCAUCACCUUCAAUGCUGAUGUUACUCCACUGUGUCUUCCCACAGAGAAGUCUGACCGUGCUGGGCUGCGUGGUUUGGUAUCAGCAUUCCCGUCCAACUCCAGCAAUGAUAAGGGCAUCUGGCUCCCUCUAGUGGAUCAUGGGAAGUGUAACAGCAGCAAACCAGAGGUCCUUUCUGCCAAGACCCUGUGCUCUGAGGGAGCGAGGUCUCUCCUCAGUGAUUAUAUGGGGGCGGCGCUCGGGGUGGAGGAGGAUGGCAGGUUUGGGGCAGCGGGGGUCUUCAUUCAGACCGUUGCCAAUCAGGAAGGGGGUGCGUAUGGAGUUUACACCCGCGUUUCUCAGUAUCAACACUGGAUCAGAGAUACUAUACAGCAACACUACUGUGAACACCCUGAGCUUCCCAACAUGGUGGAGCUGGUGGACCACGACAUACGAUAUGAGCAGCACAGUGAGCUCCAACUGCAAUGUGCCUCUAAGUACUACAGUCUACAGGGAGAAGAGAAGUACACGUGUGCAGCCGAUGGUGUGUGGAGGUCUGGGACUGGACAUUCCGUUUGGCCAACAUGUGUUCCAGUGUGUGGGAUCACAGAGGUCCCGCUCCACAGCAGUGCUCGUAUUCUGGGUGGCAGGGCAGCAAGGCUGGGGGCUGUGCCCUGGCAGCUCCUGAUGAAGGUGCCGUACCGCGCCGGUGCCUCCCUGCUCAAUGACCGCUGGGCUCUCACCGCCGCCUCUGUGGUGGACGGACACACAGACCGCAACCUCACCUUGUACGGAGGCAUGGUCGACAGCCUGGACAGCAAACAAGUCGUCAUGGUGAGCGAGAAGGUUGUCAUCCACCCUGGCUACAAGCGGGGUCUGUCCGAGGACGAACUCACCAGCUACGACAACGACAUCGCCCUGAUCAAGCUCUCCUCCAGGGUGAGGCUCGGCCCUACUCUCCGCCCCGUGUGUCUGCCGGAGAGGACGACCGGCAGCGCCGCCCUGGAGGGGAAGAUGGGGACUGUGUCCGGGUUCGGCACCUGGGAGAAGGGCUUGCGGAGCCGGAGGCUCCGACAUGCCCCCAUCAGGGAGUACGCCCGGGAGCAGUGCGCGGAGACGCCGGUCCACGGCCUGCAGCAGCAGCCAAUGGCCUUCACCCACAACAUGUUCUGCGCCGGGCUGGAGGCCACUGACAGCUGCCAAGGGGACAGUGGUGGGCCUCUGGUGCAGCCCGUGGUGGGCUUGCAGAGGCCAGGGCAACUCUAUAGAGUGAAAGGCAUUGUGUCCUGGGGGCCUGUGUGCGGAAGUAAGACAUACUACACCAAAGUCCAGAACUACCUGGACUGGAUCACAGAGACCAUGGAAAAGGAUUAGUAGGGCAGUGGAAAAUGUUACAUUUGCCUUCAUAAAUUGUUUUAAUAAACACUAGGACUAAAUAAAAAGGAAUUGAUGUGGGUCACUUCUAGAGACUUUGCCACAUAAGCCCCUCAUAAGCCUGCAAUGGAGCAGAAUUGGGUCUGUUGGUUGAAAUUGUUCUGCUAAAUGAAUGAAUGUAAAUGUCAAAUGUAAAUGUCAAAUUGAAAGUGAAAUGAAUAUGGAUUAUUUUGUCUGUAAAUUUGUAGUCAUUGCAAGAUAUUUUUGUGUAUCGAGAG